AUGAGACUCACUAAAAUUUCACUAGCCACUUUUUACUUCAUGGCCUUGGUCUUGACCAUGGCUCAAGUCUCCCUAGCCCAGAACACCCACCAUUACUUUCUUGCUGCCCACAACUCCGUCCGUGCCCGAGUCGGGGUGUCACCUCUCGCAUGGAAUAAGACGGUGGCUGCUUAUGCCAGAAAGUACGCCACCACGAGGUUGGGCGAUUGCAAAUUGGAACACUCGAGUGGGCCCUACGGAGAAAACAUUGCUGAGGGUUCCGGUGACUUCACCGCGGUGGAGGCCGUGAAGCUUUGGGUGGGAGAGAAGUCAAACUAUGACUACAACUCCAAUUCAUGCGUGGGUGGUGAGUGCUUGCACUACACUCAAGUGGUUUGGCGCAAUUCGGUCCAUCUUGGGUGUGCUAGAGUUAAGUGCCACAAUGGUUGGUGGUUUGUCACUUGCAACUAUGAUCCUCCGGGAAAUUAUGUAGGAGAGCGCCCUUACUAA